AUGCUGUCCACCCAGCCGCCGCAGCAGCAGCAGGACAGAUUAAUCCAAAGUCAUCCGGAAGAUGAUGCAACUUCUCUAUUCUCUUCAUCAUCUCUAGACAACCAUCCGUACACAUUGAAUAAUGAGAUGAUCAGUUGGCAUGACAUUCACACAGUACAAGAAGGUGUAAUUCCAAAUACUAUUCUGAGUACUAGUACUACUAGCUUUGAGUACGAUGAUCAUCAGCGAUCUGGGCCUUCACCGGAAAAGUGCUGCCGUGACUCAAUGCCAACGGAGGAGGAGGAGGAGGAGGAGGUGGAGGCAGAUGAUGACACCAAGACAUUGGACACGACAUGGAAGACCAUCAUGGAUGGGCAAGGCAAGGCAAGCGGUAAGCACCUCAAAAAGAGUGACACUUGGGACACGCCUCCUCGCCUAACCGGCCGGCAAUUGGCCAUCACAAAUACCAAAUUCAAAGUCCCACAACGUCAAUUGAAUCAAUGUAACUUGGAUGAUGAUCACGAUGACGAGGACGAUGCAGUGACAUGGGCUCGACGGGAGCUCAAGAAAUCGGACACGUUUAGCGACAGGGUGUCUUUGAGAAGAGAAAAGUCGAUCACUCAGGAAGAGUUGAACCAGCGAGCAGAGGCCUUCAUCAAGAAGAUCAACAAUGACAUCAGACUCGAGAGGCUAGAAUCUGAUCAACGCCGUUUCAGGGAGAUUGCUAGCGCUGGCAUUUAG